GCACACCAGUUAUUACAUCUGCUGUUUGCAUGCUGCUUGCGUGCGCUAGUGAAAAGAGAUCGUAAACGCAAGUCAAAAAGGCAUACAAUUUUGGCUUUUCUCGUGGCUAUUCAAGAGGAUAUAGCAAUUUAUCGGAAUCUGUUCCAGUACUCACAGAUAUUCUGAACCGAAGCAGCCAUGUUUCAGCGAGCAGGUUCCAAGUUCAUGGGAGGAGGUGGUGGAAACUUCAGCAACGACUUUGGCUACCCGGCGGGGAACGGCGGAAUGGGAGGCAACAAUACAGGAUUUGGAGGCGGCUUUGGCAGAGGGGGGUCGAGGGGUGGCGCAGGGUUUGGGCGUGGCUCAGGACGCGGUGCUGGAAGAGGAGUGGGAGGCAUCCGAGGUGGCUCAUCGAGGGGAGGAGCUACCAGAGGAGGCGGAACCAAAGGGAGUGCCACUGGAUCCGGGGCGGGUUCUUCAAUGACUGAGACUGCUUCUCGGUCCGAGUCGGGAUAUCUGCAGGAUCACCCAGGCCACUUCCCUGACCAGUAUUGGUGCAAGAUCUGCAAUGCCAAAACAACAGGGGAAAACAACUACAACGCUCAUUUGCGUGGCGUACGUCACAAGCAGAAUGUCAUGAACCUCCAAAUUGGCGAGCCCCUUCAAAGGGUUGGCCCCUUGGCACAGCGCAAGCGGAAGCGAGAUUCGGAGAACACGGUCAAGAAAGUGUUGUCCGAGAUGUUGCCAGGAAACACCGAACCAGUUGUUGGAUUGGAGUUUGUGACGGAGAUCAUCCGCGAGGGAAGCGACACGGACCCAGACUACGAGUGCGAGCUGUGCGACUGCCGCACCCUACAGGGCAACAUCAUCUACCACUUGAUUGGUUUCCGCCACCGCAUGGCAUACAUUAAGAAAAUGAAGCCAGAAUUGCAUGAACAGCUCGACCAAAUGGCCAAGAUGGCAGCAGAAAACGACGUGUCCAAGGCGGGCGAGUCUGGUGACCCGACUCCUGAGGAGAAGGAGGCCAGCAAGAAGAGAGCUACCCGCACCCGGCUCAGCGAGAAGCUGAGGGAGAUCAUGCCGGACCUGGCCGCAGAAUGCCGCGGUCUCAAGCACAAAGUCAAGAGAGUUAAAGGAGAAAAUAUGGGCGUACCAGUUCCAAAGAAGCCAUUCUCAAUGCAGGGCGGUCCUGGAGGUCGCGGUGGUGUUGCAGGAGGUCGCGGUGGUGCUGCCGGAGGUCGCGGUGGUGGUGGUUUUGGAGGUCGUGGUGGUGCAUUUGGAGGUCGCGGUGGUGUAGCUGGAGGUCGUGGUGGUGCAUUUGGAGGUCGCGGUGGUGGUGCUCCUGGGGGCUUUGGCGGUGCAGCUGCAGGUCGCAAUGGUGCCGCCAGGGGUCGCGGUGGUGCAGCCAGAGGUCGCGGUGGUCCUAAUGCUGGCCGAGGUGGAUUUGGCGGCCCAGGCAGUUAUGGUGGGCCGGGUAGCUUUGGUGGGCCUAGUAGCUUUGAUGGGCCAGGUAGUUUCGAUGGGCCGGGUAGAUUCAGUGACCUUGUCAACGUCAUAGGUCCCAUCGGGGGCCUUGGUGGUGAGGGCCUCUGUGGUGGGGGCCUCGGUGGUGGGGGCCUCGGUGGAGGUCGCCUCAGUGGAGGUCUCAAUGGAGGAGACAGGGGUCAGUUUGGAGGUUCGAGUCUUGACAGUGGAGGCCUGGGCAGAGGAUUUGGGCGGGGUGCCCUUGCUAGGGGCAACGGAGGUUUUGACGACGGCUUAAGCAUGAGAGACCGCGGACGUGGGCUCGGUGCCUACGAAGAGAGAAGUGACCUAGGGGGCGGAUAUGACCUUCCCCCGCCCUCCAGAAGGGAAGAAAUUGAGAGUAUUAAGAGUGAGAUCCUUGAUUCGUUGACCAGCAAUUCGGCUAUGAGCGACGCAUUCAUCUUGAAGGAGUUCGAGCGUCGCUUUGGCUCGGCUAAGAAACUCCAGCGGAGCGAUAUGUACGACGAUUACGACCGUGGCCAAGACCUGGGCCAAGACCGUUCCAGAUUCAGAGAUACGAUCGGGGAAGAACAGGAGCAAGGUGGAUUUCAACGAUUGCACAGCUCUCAAGAUUUCGACAGCCCCAGCACUCAGCCUUUCUCAGACUCAAGCUCCCAGCCAAGAAUGACGGUCAGUCUGGAUCAGCUAAGCCGCCUGGACCCGACCCCCAAACCCCCCACCGGCCUGAGGAGUUGCCUCAAGAAACCAUCGUCCUCAUCAACGACAACAUCAGCAAGCACAUCAAUGAGUUACAACAUGGGAGGCCAGUCAAGCAUGGCCACCGGUAGCUCUAAAGCCGUUCAGGAAAUGUUUGCCAAUUUGUCUCAGUCCAUGAUCACCAACGAAACCGACGCCCAUCUUGCCAAGCAAGUAACGGACACAUUGUCUCAAGCCUUGAAAAUGUAUGAAUCUAAGCAAGGAGGAGACAGACCUGAACCUGGUUUUGGAGAGCCACCCAGGAAUAGAGGAGCAUUGCUUCCACCUCCCGCGGCGCCAUUUGGAUCUGGCUACAGUAGGAUGUAAUGAACCUGGGUGUAAGUGGGUACACUGGGUGCAUUUUCACUGCAGUGUGAUAGGUACAACUGGGUACAGCUAUGUGGGAGAUGCAAUUAACCUGGGUGGAAGUGGGUUCACUGGGUGCAUCUCACUGCAGUGUAAUGGGUACAACUGGGUACAUGUACCGUUAUUUGGGGAGAUGUAACUAACUUGGGUGGAAGUGGGCACUUGAAUGCAUUUUAGUGCAGUUAAAUGGGUACAACUGGGUACAGCUACAUAGGAAUGCCAGAUGGAGAUCAGAUCUAGCAGGGAGUUACUGAAAUUUUAAGGAAGAAAUUGAACUUUUGACAUACGUACUGGUUUCAUAUAAAAUAGAUGCAUUAAAAUUGUAAGUGGGCACACUGAAUACAAGAACUGGGUAAAAAUGGGUACAGAGUGUUAUAUCUCAAUGUAAAACAAUGGGUAACACUGGGUACAUCAGUCUUUGCAUGUACAUGUAUGUACAACCAAGCAUCGGGCCUUUUUAACAAGAUUCACCAAAUGGUAGCAAGUUGUACAGUGACGGGCAGGAACUUUUUUUUAGUGUAAUUAUUGUCAAGUGAUUUUUGUGAAUUGACUUAUUUUAGGUUUUUAGAGUUUCUUACAGGUUGGGGAAAAGUAAAACUACAUGUACUGAUUUUGAAGGCCAGAAUUCUUUUGGUUUCGAUUUGUAUGUUUGUUUUUAUUGGGUGGGGUGGAAUUAUUGAUCUUUUGGUCUAAUAAUUUUGAUAAUCAAAUAAAAUCCAAGCAGUUGUUAUUUGACAUUAGUAAUAGCGACCUAACAUUGAACUUGUAAAAAAACAUGGUGUCGUCACAUUGUUCCUCUUGUUGGACAAAAAAAAUAAAAGUUGAAAGUUGUGUUUUAAAAAUCUAA